AUGAGUUUUGAGGAGAGAGGACGCGAGGAGUAUGCAAUUGAGAUUCUCCCAUAGAAUAUGAUUUGUUCUGUGCGUCCGAGUUCUACGUUGGGCGUUUUGUAACGUCGCACCUUGCCCCAGGAAUGGAACGUCAACCCCGCCACUGCCAGACAUUCUGACUGUUCGGCUAGGUCUCUGCGAGAUACUGAAGCUGAGCGAGUGUAUCAUUUUAAAGUUUCCUAUACGAUUUGUUAUUGUAAUGAUUAACGCUUGAAUCGUUUUAUUGCGACAACUGUUUACUCGCAUUUUGGGGUUGUUGUGAAGAAACGGGGGGAUUCAACUUCAGCGAUUCCGGAGGUCCAUUUUGUUAUUUUUGUGAACCAAGCUGUUUUUUCCUCUGAAGCUUUUAUGGUGUUAGCGGACAUAUAGCUUGUUGGCUUUGUUGCGUGGGCUAAAAUACAUGGCGAAAGAAGAUUGAACAAAAUAAACCACGACAACACCUAUCAGUAUAGCAUUGUUAGCUAUAUGCAUAUUGUCUAGCUAGUACGUAAGCUAACGUUAUCUAGCUAGCUACAGGCUGAAAGCUAGCAACAGUGAUGAAUCAUUUUGAGCGACAGCCUUUGAAGAAAUAAGCGAGGACCAUUCAAGUGGUUGAGGUUUGUAGCUAGUUCAUCAACAAAGAGAAAGCGAAAUUAAAUCUGGCAACUAGUAACGUUAGGCUACCUCUGUCGAAAUAUAUACACCUGGACAAACGAGAUAUCUUGAUUAGCUAGCUAACGCCAACUGCAUUACGAAUUUUGGGACGAGCUAACUAGCUAUCUGGUCAGCUCGUGCGAUUCUUGGCUAGAUUCAAGCUUGCAAAAACGGACAAAGAGAGGACCAACGUAAGCCAAUAUUUUUGUCAGCAUUUAGAAUCUUCCUCAUUCAUCGUAUUUGGAAAGAAAAACCAUAAACAAGGAAUUGACAUGAUGUUUCCACAAUCCAGACAUUCAGCUUCAUCGCAGCAGCUGAAAUUCACGACCUCCGACUCGUGUGACCGAAUCAAGGAUGAGUUCCAGUUCCUCCAAGCACAAUACCACAGUUUGAAGCUGGAGUGUGACAAGCUGGCAAGUGAGAAGUCUGAGAUGCAGCGUCAUUAUAUCAUGUACUAUGAGAUGUCCUAUGGGCUGAACAUCGAAAUGCACAAGCAGGCUGAGAUUGUGAAGAGAUUAAACGGGAUCUGUGCCCAAGUCCUCCCUUAUCUGUCCCAGGAGCACCAGCAGCAGGUCCUGGGGGCCAUCGAGAGGGCCAAGCAGGUCACCCCUCCAGAGAUGAACUCCAUCAUCCGGCAGCAGCUCCAGGCUCACCAGCUGUCCCAGCUCCAGGGUCUGGCCCUGCCCAUGACCCCCAUGCCCCUGGGCCUGAGCCAGUCAACCCUGCCAGCCGUCACCUCCUCCUCAGGCCUCUUCUCCCUCUCCUCCAUCCUUGCCUCGCAGGCCCAGCUGGCCAAGGAAGAGAAGGCGUCCCGCGAGGGAGCCGACAACCACCGUGAGGAGGACGGGGACAAGUCCGACUAGGGCUCCCUCUCUUUCUCCCUCCACCGCAUAUCAGCAGCAUCGGAGGGCUGUGGUCCUGUUGGUCCUGUAUACCUGCUAUGUAUCCAUGCCAGCCUCCCUCCUCUCCCCUGCACCCUUCUCUCUAAUCGUCCUACUUAUAUUUGCCAUGCUUGGUUUUGAAUUAUACUCUAUUCCUUCUCUCUCGCUCUCUCCUCCUAUCUGAUGCUUUUGCCGUCAUUCCAACUGCUUCAGAUUUGUGUACAGUGUUGAUAUUUUUUUUACAAUGUCUUCAGAUAUCGUUUUCGUUUGUGAUUUGAGCUUGACUUCUUUUUGUUAAUUGUGUACUCUUGUCACGGACCACCUGUCCCUUUUCCUUCCAUUCUGACCACAUUUUCACUCUCCCUCUUGUAAAGCAGAAGUUUCAUUUUUUUACAACCAAAUCUCUGUUUUUGAUGUAAAUAGCAUGUUAUAGAAGGGUUCAGACACCUUUUUUGUGAUUUCACAUUUUUCGAGAAACAAAGAUUUUAGUAUAGUGAUGCUGGUCUUUAGAUGUUGUACACAUGAAAUUGUCAUUCCUAACUUUAUCCGCAACGUUAUAUUCCAUUUUGUUGCGACUCUCCAUCCAUUCACAUGUAACUGACAAAAGAAAGGAAACACUUGAGUAAAUGAGGGAUACAAAGUAUUUUGAAAGCAUGGGGUGCUUCCAUACAGGAAGUUCCAGACACUUGUAGAAUCUAUGCCAAGGCGCAUUGAAGCUGUUCUAGUGGCCGUGGUGGCCCAACGCCCAAUUAGACGCUUUGUUGGGGGGUUUCCUUUAUUUUGGCAGUUACAUGCAGCAAGCUACACGGGAAAUGGAACAGCUGGAUAGGGCAAACUACUUGAGUCAUGCAAAAGGGAAUAUAACAUUCCGGAUAAAGUUCGGAAUGACACAAUUUCAUGUGUACAACAUCUAAAGACCUGCAUCACUAUACUGUGGGCUUUGCCAUUUCUAAAAAUACAAUGAGGACAAAGAAUUGAUUUGCUGUUUGGGGUAAGUUUCUCAAACUUGAAAUCACAAAGCUGUCUGGACCCUACUAUAACAUGCCAUUUACAUCAAAAAUAGAGAUUUGGUUGUAAAAUAAAAAGGAAACUUCUCCUUUAAUCGCUCCUCCCUCCUCUCCCCUCCUCGAUUUUGCUCAUUUGUGUUCUCUCUCUCUCGUAAGUGGAUAUUUGUUUGCACGCCACCCUCGCUGAGCGUCUCAUUCCUCUCUUUUUAACCAGGGCCCAUCUGGGACCCUGAAUGUCACAUAGUAUAAUUGGAAUAACAAACCAGAAGAGAUCCAACAGACAGUCUCGCAUCACACAGCUCUCUAGCCUCUGUUGUGUCAACUUGAUUCGAUCGGUUGGUGUGUGUGGUAACUCACACAACUUCGUUUCUCCAUCGUAAAGAGACUCUUAGGUGAGCUACAGCGAAACAGGUCUAUGAACGUCUGCAUCCUAACUUGAAAAUCCUGCAUUGAUAGUUAGGCGCACUUUGAGUUGGGCGCACUUCGAUUUUCAGGUUAGUAUUCGUCCCCAAGGUGAAGGAGUGUAGUUGAAAGACGUCUGUCUUCUUGGGGAAUAGUGUAACUAGGUAACUCCAGUCCCUGAUGGCUAUAGGUGGGAAAGAAGCAUUCCUGUCUUAAUGCCAUGUAAAGCUGUGCUCUUACAUAGUCAAACUAGUGCUGCUUUUAGUCGUUUUAAGAAAACAGGACGUAUUGAAAAAAGACCUCUAGAUAAGUAGAGAUAUGUAUAAUAAAAAUUGUAUAUGGGAAACUAAAAACACCUUCUUAGAGCUACUUUCAUGCUGUUUCUCUUCAAGUCUGUGCUAUCAGUCCUCCAAACAAAUCCACCCGCUAUGACAAAUUCCCCAAAGAACCCGGUCUAACCCACUGAGCUACUUUAGACAUAUCCACACACAGCAGCUUCCAUGAAAGGCGUGCUAUCAGUACUAUAAUAACUGUCCGAAUGUCCAGAUCGCAGUGAUGAUAGCAUUGUGGAAGGUAGAAAAGACCUGCAAAUCUUUUCUCUCCUUUCUGUAAAGUGCACUAAUAUUAUGUUUGGCGGUGAUGCAGUAGGGGAGAGUAGUUGCCUCCAAUACUAGAGGGCAGUAAAGGUUUUAGAAAGCAGCUCUGAUGUCCACUGAGUCACCUCUUUGAACAGGAGUCCUCCGGUCUAUUUUAGGAAACGGGUUGACAUCUCUGUCAACCCUUAUUGGUAGGCAGCAACAUUGAACAUAAUGUGCAAAAUGUCCACUCUGCCCAGACUAUCUUUUUACUUAAAGAUGAAUCUCUGUAUAAGAAACAAUUAUACAUGAUUGAGCUUUCUCUUGUAUACAAUACAUAUACAGCACUCACAUAUUUGUAUCUAUUGUCCAUGGCCAAUGAAUAGUUAAUGUAAUGUUUUUGAUCAGUUCUUUGAGUAGAUAAAGCACAAAUAGCCACAGUUUGAUGUGCAUUUAUGUUUAUUUUUUAUAUUUUUUUAAACCCAAACAUGUUUCUCACAACCUAUUGGAGAAACAAAGAGCAAGAAACGACAGCUUGAUGCGAUAUUAGCUGGACCUGUGAGUGCCGCUGUAGGCUAGAACUGAAGCAGUAUCUGGGCUUGAAGAAAAAUGAUACGAAUAUGAUGAGAUCUCCUCUGACGCCCAGGAUCCUGCAAUUCAAAGUCCCAUUAAAUCAAAUCAACAGGUGUAGACCUUACAGUGAAAUGCUUACUUACAAGCCCUUAACCAACAAUGUGGUUUUAAGAUAGAAUACCCCCAAAAAACACGCAAAAAAACACAAUAAAAGAAUAUGAAAUAAAAGUAACAAAUAAUUAAAGAGCAGUAGUAAAAAUAA